GUUAAUAUUUGUGAAGGUUUGAUGCAAAAGGCCUUUCAAGGUCAUCAGGCGGUGGAAACAUGUGGGAAUGAAGGAAACACAGCACGUUCAGCUCGCCAUCACAGCCGACGUUACCUUCUGCAACAGACAAUGAGAAAAGCCCCCAAAUAAUCAGACUGUCAACAAAAUGAAAAUCAACGGCGCCUUAAACACUGCACUACAAGAUGUUCAAGCUUCCACUGAGCCUGGCACAACACUGGUGCCACAGAACAAGACCGAACACGCACAUCUCCAGAACAAGCAGACGUUUCAGGCCUGUGUGAUGCAGGCAGCAUUAAGCAACACGACUCGGUGCCCGACGAAGUCCAGAGUGCAGGAAUCCCAGAGUCGCACCAGUUACAGCAACAAGAGAACUGGGAACUGCUGCAGGAAGUCAAAACCUCAGCGGACUCAGAUCCUGUCAAAGAACCCUGCAUCACGUCUCUGUCUGGAUCCAUGCGGAUGUGUACUGAACGUCUGUCAGCAGAACCAGAAGCAUUUAAUAUAAUAAUGAUGCUCGAGACCAAGAGGAAAUGUUCGAGGACGUCGAUGUGACCCCCAAGAACAUGUUGACGAUUGUAUUGAACACGAAGCCACAGGAGCUGCAGAAGGAUGAAAGCAUUGAUGCUGAUGUAGAUACAGGUUCACAGGAAGCAGAGGUUGAAUACAGUGCAGAUGUACCAGAAGCAGGCAUGGACCACUGUGAGCCCAGACCUGCACUUCCUUCAACUCCAACUAAGUUGAAGAGCCUUAAUUUAGCGCCACAGUCAGAGACGUUUGAGACGGCUGCUCGUGUUGAAGAAAAUGAGUGUGAGGACACCAGGGAGCGGCCGAAGAAAGUCUUUACAAUAGUGCUGGAACUUAAGGCACACGACGCGCAGCCAAGAGAAGAUGGAGCCACCGCCUGCCACUUAAUCAGGUGUUCAGCGGGAGCAGAGGUGCGUAAUGAAAAGGUCACAGGGGCAUUCACAGGAAACCCGGGAGCCGGCGAAUUAAUGCUCGCUGAGCUGCCGACUUCCUCCACAUGUCACGCGCUUCCUGAGUGUCAGCUGAGUGGCGUCAGCGCAGCACAAACAGCCGAGGUGACAGGUUCCUGUCAGCGCGAGGGGCAAAGCCUGCCGUCAGUGCCGUGCCCUGUGGAAGAUGCAGCACAAUGUGGACACGCAAAGGCUGAAACACAAACACGCGUGUGUGACCAGAAGAUGGCUGGAGGAGGAGGAAGAGGAGGGGGAGGAGGAGGUGGGGGAGGAGAAGGAGGAGGAAGAGGUGGAGGUGGAGAAGGAAGAGAAGGAGGAAGAGGUGGAGGAGCAGGAGGAGGAGGAGGAAGAGGUGGAGAAGGAAGAGAAGGAGGAAGAGGUGGAGGAGCAGGAGGAGGAGGAGGUGGAGAAGGAAGAGGAAGAAGUGGCAAAGGAGGAAGAGGAGGAAGAGGUGACCCAGGAGGCCCAGAGCCCGAACAGUGGGAAGUGCGGGAGGAUUUGGUUCCAGAAGACGCGUGUGACUCAGAGCCGGUCUGGUUGCUGGCAGACGCGCUGGUGUCUCACAGACUGCGCGUGGUCCACGGAAGCAUGGAGCCAGAGAGGACGGAGGAGCGUUCAGCAGCUGAUCCAGGUCCCGGAGAGACGGCGGCUGCUUCACCGAAGCCGCCAAACACAGGUCCACCAUGCGGAGGCGCUGUCUGCAAUUCAGCGCAAAGUGGAACGAAGUCGGGUAAUAAAUAGGCCUCAACGCAUCGAUUUGAAAUGGAACCUGACGUCUUCUCCUGAGCUAGAGAUUCGAUUGGUGCGUGCUGUCCAACAGGUUCUGGCUUGUCGAUACCAACCAGCACAGCUUGACAUCCUGGCUGUGGCCAAGCAGCUGGCGGAGGCGGAGGUAAAGGCUCCGAUCGAGGC